AUGAACUAUGCAUUUGAUUGCAUACUUGGGAUACCGUCGCUGUCACGGUAUCAGCCGAAGAUAGAUUGGCUAUUUCGGUUCGUCAAACGAAGAAGCGGAUAUGACGUCAGUGAAGUGUUUAUUCAUUUGUUGGUCGCGUCAUCCGAUUGGCCUCACGUCAGGGUCGUGAACGAACUCUAUACGACUAUUAUUAAACACAGAGAUAGCGAUGGCCCUCUGUGCGCAGUAUGUUCCGUUACACUGAUGGAGCCACAGAACGAGGCGGUCGAACAGCGGUUCCCGCAUACACAGACAUCGUUCGAACAGGGGUUCCCGAUUCUCAACGAGGCGGUCGAGCAGCGGUUCCCGCAUACACAAACAUUGGUCAUACAGAAGCUCUCGAUCAAUAUCGAGGCGGUCGAGCAUGGGCUCCCGCAUACAAUCACAUCGGACGAGCAGCGGCUCCCGAUCAAUAUCAAAGCAGUUGAGCAGGACCUCCCGCAAACAAUUGAGGCGGUCGAAGACGAGCUCCCGCCUUUAAUUGACGAGAAUGAGCAGACUAUGGAUUCGCAUGAGACCGACGUGGUGGAGACAGAGGUCCCACGUCUAGAGGGGGGGUACAUCAUCCUCUUAAGAUAG